AUGGGAAAAUCCAGUCGAGGAGGAGAAUUUGAUAACAAGGAGGUUUGUGCCAAGCAGGUGCCCGACGAAGCAUCUUGUACUCGGGAUCCCAGUCUUCCUAACACGGCCGUGCCAAGCAAGCUGGUGUCUUCCUUCCAGCAACACACCAAGAAGGCUCUGAAGCAGGCUCUGAGGCAGCAGCAGAAGAGAAGAAAUGGGGUCUCAGUGAUGGUCAACAAGACUGUCCCCCGCGUGGUGCUGACACCCCUGAAGGUGUCUGAUGAGCAGUCGGAUUCGCCGUCAGGAUCCGAAUCUAAAAAUGGUGAAGCAGACAGCUCAGAUAAAGAAAUGAAACAUGGGCAGAAAUCUCCCACUGGAAAACAAACAAGUCAGCACUUAAAACGGUUAAAAAAGUCUGGUUUAGGACACUUGAAAUGGACCAAAGCUGAGGACAUUGACAUAGAAACGCCAGGAUCUAUUCUUGUCAACACUAACUUGAGGGCAUUAAUCAAUAAACAUACGUUUGCUUCCUUACCUCAGCAUUUUCAACAAUACCUCCUGCUUUUGCUCCCAGAAGUGGAUCGGCAGAUGGGAAGUGAUGGAGUUUUACGCCUCAGCACGUCAGCUCUAAAUAAUGAGUUCUUUGCAUAUGCAGCCCAAGGAUGGAAGCAGCGGCUGGCGGAAGGAGAGUUUACGCCAGAAAUGCAAUUGCGGAUAAGGCAAGAAAUUGAGAAGGAAAAGAAAACAGAACCUUGGAAAGAAAAAUUCUUUGAAAGGUUUUAUGGAGAAAAGUUGGGCAUGUCAAGAGAGGAAUCUACAAAGCUCACGGCUGGACCAAACAGUGAUGGAGCUGAAAGUAGUUCUUCAUGUGGGAGCUCGAGUCUUCCAGGUCUUUCUUCACAGUCUCCCUCGGAAGAACAGCAGCCAAAAAUCAUGAAAAGUCCAACUUCUGCAGAGCCUGAGUUCCGUGCUGGGCUCUGCCCUAUGGCAGAUGUAGGAAAAGAGGGAAUGGCAGAGUCGGAAUCGGAGGAUAUCUUGAUCCCUGAAGAAUCUGUGAUUCAGGAGGAAAUUGCGGAAGAGGUAGAGACAAGUAUCUGUGAGUGCCAGGAUGAAAAUCUUAAGGCAAUACCUGAAUUUUUGGAGGAGUCUGAAAUUCCAGGCAGUGCUCAUGAAGAGCCCCAGAUAGCAAUUCCUGAAGAAAACUUGGAAUCUUGUGUUAUAAUGAACGAUGUUUUAGAGACUGUGCCUCAUGUUGAACUGAGGGUGGAAGAGAAAUCCGAAUCUCCCCAGGAAGAAAUGUCCGUGGUUAUUGAGCAGCUAGAAGUCUGUGACUCUCUCAUUCCUUCCACUUCUUCUGUGACUCACCUCAACGACACAGAACAUAAGGAGCCAGAAACUGACACAGAGACCAAUACUCCAAAAAUGAAAACAGGGUCAUCUCCUUUAGAAGGCCAGUUUCCGAAGGGAGGGAUCGCUGUGGAUAUGGAGCUACAGAGCGAUCCUGAGGAACAGCUUUCUGAAAACGCUUGCAUCUCUGAGACCUCCUUCUCCUCUGAGAGCCCAGAGGGGGCCUGUACCAGCACGCCAUCCCCCGGAGGGGAAACCCAGUCUACUUCAGAAGAAUCAUGCACUCCAGCCUCUCUGGAGACGACGUUUUGUUCGGAGGUAUCCAGCACUGAACAUGCAGACAAAUACAACCAGAGGAAGCCCUCCGAUGGAAACCUUCACGCAUCUCUGAUAUCAGAAAUAUCGCCCGUGUCCACUUCACCUGAAAUAUCAGAAGGGUCGCUCAUGUCCAAUUUACCUUUAACCUCGGAAGCAUCCCCCGUGUCCAAUUUACCUUUAACGUCGGAAGCAUCGCCCAUGUCCGACUUACCGCUGGCAUCAGAAACGUCUUCAGUGUCUUCCAUGCUUCUCACAGCGGAGACCACUUUCUCAUCCAGUUUGCCACUUCCUCCAGAAACAUCUCCAGUUUCCAACUCUUCCCUGAAUGAAAGAGCGGUGCAUCAACAAAGAAAGUCCCCUUCCAUAUCUGAAGAACCACUCUCUCCGCAGAACGAUGAAGGCCCCGCCACUGCCAAGCCCCUGGGAGAGAGCCUUCUCUCUCAGCAGAAGACUCUGUCCAGUACUCCGGAGCCCAUCCACCUGGGCCCUUCUCCCAUCGCUCCCGAAGCAUUUCCGUCCAAAGAACUCCACAGCCAGCCCCCGACUCAGCAGCCUUGUCAAUCACAUGUUGACACAGAGAAGCCCUAUCCUGCUCCGAUUCCAGAACUUCCUUCUGCAGAAAUCAUCAAAGGGAAAAAUCCUAAUGUGCUGCCGAGAACAGAAAAGAAAGGGGUGUCCUCACCAUUGGAACUGCCUGUCUUUUCUGAGGAGACAGAGAGUAAAGGAAAUGAGCUUCCAGCAGCUCAGUCACAGGACCAGCAGUAUGUCCCCCCGGGGGAGAAGGCUUCAUUUCCAGAAGCCUCCAGAAGUAAAACACAUAAGCAAGGAAGCUCGCAGAACCGGUUGGAGACCCCGUAUCCUUCCAAGCUGUCAGAGCCCUCCAAGUCACCUGACGGCGGAAGGAACGAAAGCAGAGAAUCGGAGAUAGCGAAGAGGAAGACCGCAGAGCAGCACAGCUUUGGCAUCUGCAAGGAGAAGAGAGCGAGGAUCGAAGAUGAUCCAUCCACCCGGAACGCAUCAUCUGGCAGCCCCGCUGAGAAGGAGCAGCAGCCUCCACGAGAGGAACCCAGAGUCCCUCCUCUCAAGAUCCAGCUUUCCAAGAUCGGGCCGCCGUUCAUCAUCAAGAGCCAGCCAGUCUCCAAGCCAGAGUCUCGAGCCUCCCCCAGCACAUCCGUGGGUGGAGGCAGGAACACGGGGGCCAGGACCCUGGCGGAUAUCAAGGCUCGGGCCCAGCAGGCAAGGGCUCAGCGAGAGGCAGCAGCGGCCGCCGCGGUAGCCGCUGCAGCGAGCAUCGUCUCCGGGGCCAUGGGCGGCCCGGGAGAGGGUGGCAAGGCCAGAACCCUGGCGCACAUCAAGGAGCAGACGAAGGCGAAGCUCUUCGCAAAGCACCAAGCCCGAGCGCACCUCUUCCAGAGCUCGAAGGAGGCCCGGCUGCCUCCGCUUGGCUGCAAGGAAGGCCCUCCCAGCUUAGAGGUCCCUCCCGCCCCCGAGGCCAAACUCGAAGGUUCUACCGGUGUCAUCAUUGCCAAUCCCAACUGCAGGUCACCCAGCAGCAAGCCCACGCCCCUCCGGGAGGCCACCCCUGCCCUCCAGCCGCCUCUCCCACCCACCAAACCCCCAGACGCGGCCACGGACGUAGCCGUGCAUGGUCCUGAGGAACGUGUACCCGCGUCCCAUGUGUCUGAGAAGACGAUUUCCUCUACCUCCUCGGAAAAGAGCGAUGUACCCAUGCUGUUCAGUACAAGUGCGGUCCCCGUGUCGGUCUGCAGCGCGGCUGUGUCGGGAGCAAUUAAAGAGCAUCCCUUUGUGAGUCCCGUCGAUCAGCCCUCCGUCCUUGUGUCUGUGGAUAGUGCAAACACUACCAUUUCUGCCUGCAGUCUAAGCGUGCUCACCACCAUCCAGGGCGCGGAUGCCCCAUGCAUAGCCGUUGUACCAAAAUGCACCGAGAGCACGCCCCUCCCCGCCGCCCCCAAGGGCCCCAGCACCGCGGGCUCCGUGGAUGACACGCAGGCGCUCACGUCCAGCAGCGGUGCGGGCGGCGUGGUCUCCGGGCAGUACCCCUCUGUGCCAACCCUCUCCAUCGCAAAGAACUUGCCAAACCACCUUGCCACGACUUCUGUCCUGGUUGCCUCACCGGGAAUGAGCGCCAGGUUCCCUCCCGAGAAGAGAGCCGGGCCGGGGGUUGACGACACGGACCCUCUGGUGGCCCGCCCGCCCAUCGCCGUGUUUACUGGAGGCAUGUUGACCAUCAGCUCUUACGACUGUGCCCCCAAGUUCAGUGCCGAGAGCUUGGACAAAACUUCAGGGCCUCGGAACAGGGCAGAGAACUGUGGGAAAGGCCAGCACCAGGCGGCCUUCGCCCCGGCAGCCAUCAACAGGUCGAUCCCCUGCAAGGUCAUCGUGGAUCACAGCGCCACCCUGGCCUCCGCAGUGUCUUUAGGGAUCAGCAGGCCAGAGCCGGCCGCCACCGAAAGCAUCGAUCCCGGGCCCAGUGUCAUCGCCGGGUCUGCAGCCAAACCAGACAGCAAACCGACGCAGGCCCCCUGCCCAGGCCUCCGGGAGGCGCCCCUGGUCCUUCCCGAGACACUACACGAGGCGACGGCGCCUGGCAACAGCUUUGCUGAGCAGGCCCGUGGCCCGGCCACUUUCAAAAGUGAAGCCGACACAACCGGUGGCGGCCCGUACACCGCAGGCGGCAGGCUGAGCUGGAAGGAGGAGGCCGUGAGGAGCACUGGGCCGCCGGGCAGCCACUCAGGGCCGAGCAGACAGAAGGAGCGUCCAGAGCUGGGCUGUGCCAAGGCCGUCAAAGCCGAGCGCGCCGGCUACUCACACGUGGCGGAGCUCCACCCCAGGAGCCUCCUGCCGGGGGUCCCUCUCCCCCCGAAGCCCGAGCCCCAGGCAGUGGACAGAGCGGACAGGGGCUUCCGAGUGGACACUGGGGACCUCCCCGGCCCCGAGCGGCCCCCUCCGGCCACGGAGGCAGCCCCGGGGGUGCAGCAGGCGCAGAACAGGAAGGUCCCCACCUCGGGCCCCGGGGACGAGGCGGUGUCCUUGGCUGCGGACACCCUGAAAAGAGCGCCCAACGCAGGCAGCUCGAGCUGCCGUCUGUCGUCCGUGGAGGCGAACAACCCACUGGUGACCCAGCUCCUGCAGGGCAACCUGCCUCUGGAGAAAGUGUUGCCGCAGCCCCGGCUGGGAGCCAAGCUGGAAAUCAACAGGCUCCCGGCGCCCCUUCAACCUACCUCAGCGGGGAAAGCUGCCGCGGAGAGGAGCGUCGUGGAAAUGCCCUCCAGCUCCCCGAACCCCGACGGGAAGGGCUACCUGGCGGGGACCCUCGCGCCGCUCCACAUGCGAAAGCGGGAGAACCACCCCAAAAAGAGAGCGGCCAGGGCGGCGGGGGAGCACGCUCAAGUCAAAUGCGAGCCAGGGAGGUUGCUGGUGGAGCCGGAGGUCAAGGCCCUGCCCUCCGAGCAGAAACAGCCUCCCGUGGCCGUGGAGACCACCAAGCGCCUGGGCUGGCCGCCGGCCACGGGCCUCUGUAGCAAUAUCAAAUCCGAGCCGGUCUCCUUCGAGGAAGGCCUAGGCAGCAGCUGUGAACUGGGCCUGAAGCAGGUUCCCUACGACCAGAACGAGAUGAAAGAACAGCUGAAAGCGUUUGCGCUGAAAAACGCAGACUUCUCUCCCUAUUUGCUUUCUGAGCCACAAAAGCCUUUCCCCCCAUUAGCUGCGCAGAAGAUGCCGGCGCCGCCGCCGCCACCUCCGCCGCUCUGCGGAAACUACCCAGCCAUACACUUGGGCAGCACGAGCUUCAAACGGGCGGCCUCUGCCAUCGAGAACUUCGCGGACAGCAGCAGCGCCGAGGAGCUGGAGCUCAAGUGCUCCUGCCGCCUGAAAGCCAUGAUCGUGUGCAAGGGCUGCGGGGCCUUCUGCCACGACGACUGCAUAGGGCCCUCCAAGCUCUGCGUGGCGUGCCUGGUGGUGCGGUGAGCACGAGUG